AUGGAGCAGCAACCGCUGGUGGAGAGCAAGUCCGUGCAGUCCACGGGAUGCUGUUGCGGCGAUUCCUCGAAGAGUAACGUGUCGGACGAGUUCAUCGACAAGUACCUUGAUGGCGACGUGAGCUACGGGUACUGGAAGCUUCCGGAGCGCCCGGACUACGUGACCCGCGCCACGCUCGGCCGGCUGGAAGAUCGCGGGCCUUGGCCCACCACGUUACUCUUCAGGGAGCAGUCGGACCUGACCAUUGGCUACGCCAAUGCACGGGACAUGAUGGAGAUCAUGUACGAGGCCAGCAAAGUGCCCGGGGUCUUUGAGAAGAUCCCGGACCCCCUGAAGGGCGUCUUCUGGAUGAAGGGCAACGGAGUAGGCGAAGAGCUUUUGGUGCUCCAGUACAGCCAGUAUUAUGAGAAGGAGAAAGUGAUGCUGACGCCUUUGGCUCCUUUCAUGUGGGCCUGGCCCAAUGGGGCGCCCCCAGAUGCCCCCUUCGGCGGCUUCAUGUACCCGGGCGCAAGAGGGGCAGGGCAGCUUCGGACGGCGGAGCUUCGGGGCGGAGCUUCGCGUUCCGCGCCGUGA